AUGGCAUUGCGAUCAAGAAGUAGUCAUUCGAAAUCUAUGUCAAACAUUGUGGACAACGUUGUAAACAAUAAAGAAAAAUUUCAAGAAAAUUCUGUUUUGAUCGAAAAUAGAUAUAGAACCUACACUUUUAAGGACUUUAAAGAAGAAGAAUAUUUUACGAAAGAUUCAUUUUGUGACCAUAAAGAAGUACAGUCUACACGCAAAUCUCGAAAUUUCAUAAAGAAAUUAAUUGCUUCUUUGGAGAGAAAAAAUGAAGUGUGCAAGGCAGACGAUGAAUUUUUUUCAAAAUACUACAAAAGAAAUGACUACUCUAAUCCAAAUUCUGAUUACUCGUUUGAUCAAAAACUUCAGACUCCGGAGAGAAUAAGAAAAUUUGGAGUAAAAGUUCCAUUUCCGAAUGUAGAAUUGAAUAAAAUAUCUUCACAAAAUUGUGGACAGGAACGAAGUGCUGAAUCGAAAGUGUUUGCUAGAAAUCAAGUGUCUGUAUUUUCAAACAUUAUACCAAAAACAAAAUUUUCGCCAGAAAAUUAUAAGUAUGUUGAAAGUAGCAAUUCAAGGAAAUCAGUAACUGAAAUUUCAGAUAAAAUAGGAAGAGAUUUUAAAAUAAAUGAACAACGAAAUACAAAGUACUAUAGAGAAAAUUAUUCACAGUCUUAUUCAAAAAGGCACAUUGGUACACAAAAUAAAAACGAGAGAGAGAAACGUCACGAUUUCUCUUCUUUCGAGCCUAAUCGACAUUUAGUCGAGUUACAAAAUCGAACAGACAUUGUAAAUUCUUAUUUUUUAAAAAGUAACGAAAAUGAUUUAAAAGGAAACACGUUAGAAAAUAUAUUUACAAAUCUAAAAAUAGGAGGAAAUUCAAAAAAAGGAAUGUUUCAUGGCAAUUUUAAAAAGACACUCAAUAGAAACAAAUCUUUCAAGGAUCUCUUUGGAUCUGUAAUAAAAUGGAAAAAAUCAGGAAAUAAGGAAAGACCUCAACAAUUUAUGUCCUGUGACCAUUUAUUCGAAAAGCCAAAGAAGUUUGAUUGGAAAAAUGGUAAAAAAUUAUCAAAAGCUUCCUCAUUUCAAGCAAUCAUAUAUCACGAUCGUGAAGAUGAAAAUUUUGAACAGGGUGAAAAACAUAAAGCAACAAUUCGUCCUGUUUAUGGUGGAAAAAGAAACGAACAACUUUUGAAAGUAUAUACGAAGAAAAAUGAAGAUUAUGAAUAUUUUAUGAUAGAAGACAGCAUGGAAAAUCUCAUAAAACCUUCUGCGAUUAAGGAUAUACAAAAACAUCUUUAUCAGCCUUCACAAAAAGCACGAAUUAAUGACAAUAUUAAUGCACAAAAAUAUUGGUAA